AUGUCGACCGAGAUCAAAAGCCUAGAGGGGCUCCACAACCUGCAUGUCAAACGCAAUGUCACCCCAACUUCUUCUGGGUCCACUAUCGUGAGCUACGCUAAGGACCUGGGGGAAGGUCCUGUCUUGUGGCUCGUCCAUGGUUACCCUCAGUCUGCCUACAUUUGGCGUCAUAUUGUCCCUCAACUGCAGGACAAAAUCUCCCUGUUCGUUCCUGAGCUGCCGGGCUACGGCCUCAGUACACUCGAAGGCAAGGCCGGAGUCUCCGCCGUCGGCGCCGCUCUACUUGAAGCGAGCCAUAAACUAUUUCCCGACCGUCCUAUCAUUUUAGCCGGACACGAUCGCGGUGCUCGCGUCUGCCAUCGCCUUGCUGUCUCCAAUGCUCACCCACCCCAAGAUGAUUCUGCCAAACUACACUCUUAUAAACUUCUAGGCACUGUCCUGCUUGACAUUGUACCUACUCUAGUCCAGUGGCAAUCUUUUGCCAACCCAUUGGCUAGCGUUGGUUACUUCCACUGGCCAUUGUUGGCAUCUCCCGUCGCCGCAGACAUGAUUGAAGCCUUUGGUGCUGCCAAAUGGGUACAUCUCGGUCUCGAUCGCAUCUGUGGAGACAACGCCGAAGGUCGCAAAGCGAUGCAGUCAGACGACGCUUGGGAAGUAUACAAGACUCUGCUCUCGAAGCGUGAGGCCAUUGAAGGUUCAUGUGCCGAUUAUGCAAGCGGCUGUUUCGAUGAGCCUCCUCUCCAAGAGGCUGAUCAGCGUGAGGGCCGCAAGAUCCAGAGUCCUGCGCUUGUCAUGUGGAGUAAGGCUAGAUUGGGCAAAAUGCAUGGUGGUGAUCUUGGAUCCAUCUGGAGCGAUUGGGUUCAAGAUGCCUCCUUGCUGACCGCCGAGGGCCUUGGUGACGAUGUCGGACAUUAUCUGCCUGAGGAGGCAAGCACCGUCAUCGGAGCAGCCAUCAAGGACUUUGUCGAGAAGGUCACAAAGUAA